AUGCUGCAACUUAUAUCAGCAGCACAUGACGAUCCCGGAGUUCGUGUCCCUCUGACGGGGUCAUUUGCUCAGAAAUUCAACUGUCAGCGCGAACUAAUCCCAGUUGCCCAAUUCGCCAUCUCGAUGGCUUAUUUCGUCUUGAAACGUCUCUGCGAUAUGGCUAAUCUUGUUUGCUCUUACCUCGGAAUCACACCCAGAACAGAGGCAAAUGAGGAGGUCAGCCUACCUUCACAAGCCUGUCCUGUUGACUCCAAUGAAACCGAAGACACUUGCUUGAGCCGACCAGCCGAAACACAUCGACACCACAACCAUCAGGAUGGAAUGCUCGAUAAGUCCAGUGGGCCUUCAACCGGACAAACAGGGCAAUGUCCGUCCAAACAGGGAGGAACUGAUCCAGCAGAUGUGGGAGAUAUUAGGAAGGAUGUUACCGGAGAAUCCCUUGAUGCUCGAUUUCUAAGGCCCGUGCAACAGACCACAUCGCAAACAGACCGCGACCCAGAACUGGACGACGGUGGAUGUCAAGCCUCCAACCUCGUCGAUCGUUCCGUCCAAACCGACAGUCAUACGAGGCAGGAAGAAGAAGAUGUGGACACUUUAGCGUCCUUGCCCAAAGACUGGUGUCGAUGGCCCGUUUGCGCAGUUCACCGUUUGGGCGGACAGUGUCCCUUAGGCGAGGCGAACUGUCCCGAUGCCCAUGUAGGCUGGGAGUUUGCCAGCCAGAUCGAUGCCCACGGCCUCGUGCGGAUUUGCUUUGAGUCACUUGGAGUGGCAAACAAGUUCUGUGCCCGUCCACAAGGAUGCUGCCGUUUCUUUCACCCACCAGAACACAUCCGUAUGGGUCUCAUUCGACGACGACAAGCAGCGAUUGCUGCAAGCAUUCUCAAACGCCGUGAGCCGACGCCUAACUGUCCCAGCGGCAGUGUCGAAGAACCAAUUAACAUGGACCAGCCAUGGCCCUGCACCACUACCUCUUGUGAACAAUGCGCAAAGGGCGCGGAUCACCAGAACCCCGCGAAAUCCUUCAGGCCUCUCCCGUGGCUCAUUAACUACGGGGAGCUCCUGCAAGAGUGUGCAUCGGCUGUGAGCCAACCACCGGACGAAAACUCGGAGAAAUCCACUGUGGUGUUUAAUCAAAAGCUGGCACUUUACCUCGCUCUCGCGGAAGCUCUGCGCGAACGGCUUAUUAUUGCGGUCAGAGAAGCGAGUAGCCGAUAA